AUGGCGUCUCAAAAAGCAGAGUUCAUCAAAGUACCGACCGAUAACUCAGAUGGUUUCCAAACAAUGCCCGUAGAGCCCUCGAGACGACUCUCAGAAUCUGAACUACGCAUCGAAAAGUGCACUCCACAAGAUGCCGAAAAGAUCGCCGAAGGUCUCUACCUGUGCUUCCCAGAUGACUGGUGGGCCAAAAAAGAGCCCCCAGAGAUCCACCCAGCAGGCGAGAACAGCCUCCAAAUCCGGAUCCAACGCAUGGCCCAACGACUAACCCCCGCCAUCACUGAUCCCCAUCAUUGCUUCAUGAAAGCCGUCUACACCCCCACCGGCGAAACCGUAGGAAUAGCAGGCUGGACCCUUCCCUCCAACCCCUCCGUACACAACCUCUUCCGGCGCAGCGCCGCCACGCAUUACGGCUGGAAAGAGAAACAAGGCUGGACUGAGGAAGAAAUGGACGAAAUGUGGAGUCACGUCAGCAACGAGAACUGGAGCGAGCGCUUCGGCAAAGACGAUGAGAUGAGGCGGGAAGCGACGGGUGGGCAACGGCAUUGGUAUCUUGCGCCGCUACUUACGUGGCCGGAGUGGCAGGGAAGGGGCGUGGGGAAGAGAUUGAUGGAGUGGGCGUUGAAGCAGGCGGAUGAGAGGGGAGAAUUGAUGUAUCUGGAGUCAAGGCCGAGUGCAAGGGCGGUUUAUAUGCAUCUCGGGUUUGUGGAGUGCGGGGAGUAUAACAUGCUCAGGCGGCCGGGGGCGUGA